UCCACACACACACACACACACACACACACAUACACACGUGUGCGAUGGUGGAGAACUUUUCAUCUGGACAGCUUCUCUACAUGUUGGGUGUGCUGCUGGCUGUGUUCUCCAUGUCCAUGUCCACCUCAGUGGUGGUGCGUGAGGGUCAGUUGGUCCAGAUGAACUGUUCAUUUAGCACUAAAGAGACGGGAUUCACCUCUGUCACCUGGCUGAGACAAUCCAACCGGUCCGCUCCAGUUUCCAUCAGCACAGCUUCGUACGACCAGCAGAGGAAUCAGACAAGCGCUAAUUACCACAGUGGAUUCACCAGUCAGCGCUUCACAUGUACUAUGGCCAACAGCAUCUGUGUGUUAGAGAUCAGAGGUGUGAGUGUGUCUGACUCUGGACUUUACUACUGUGGGAUGCAGCCAGGGGACACCAUGAUCUAUUACAAUGCCACCUACCUAACCAUCACAGAAAAGACUGACGCUGAGAAUAAGGAGAAUGCAGAAGAAGACGAUUCCCCUACUGCAGUUCAGUUCUGUAGUGGGAUGUGUGGAACCGUGGUUCUAGUCCUGGGGGUUCUCAGUGCUGUUCUCAAUCUGGUGCUGGUCCUCCUGAUCCUGACCAAACACAGAGCUGGACUCAGACAGAACACGGAGUCCAGUGGACAGCCUCACUCUCCCCCUGCCCAGGUUCAGGAUUCAGACUCUCUGAACUAUGCAGCUCUGAGCUUCUCUGGCAAGAGGAAGAAAAGGAGCAACUUCAACCUCCAGACCGACAACCCACACGUCAUAUACGCUGCCACUAGAUAA